AUGAGCAUCAAGUUCAAUGUGAAUGGAUUCCCCUACGAGGUGCAGGCGGCGGACUACGCCCCUGACACCACCCUCAACUCCUUCCUCCGGGAGCACCUGCAUUUGACGGCCACCAAGUACAUGUGUUUGGAGGGAGGAUGUGGCUCCUGCGUCUGCGUCAUCCGCAGGAGACACCCAGUCACCCAGGAGGUCCAAUCCCGGGCAGCCAACUCGUGCCUGACGCUGCUGAACACCUGUGACGAUGUGGAGAUCAUGACGGAUGAGGGACUGGGCAACCAGCUGAGUGGUUACCAUCCGAUUCAAAAGCGCCUGGCCCAGAUGAAUGGCACCCAGUGCGGCUACUGCUCACCUGGAUUUGUGAUGAACAUGUAUGGAUUGCUGGAGCAGCAUCGUGGACAGGUGAGCAUGUCGCAGGUGGAGGAUGCCUUCGGGGGAAACCUGUGCCGCUGCACUGGCUAUCGUCCGAUAUUGGAUGCCAUGAAGUCCUUCGCCGUGGACAGCUGCAUAGAGGUGCCUUCCGAGUGCGUGGACAUCGAGGACUCCUUCGAGCUGCUCUGCCCACGAACUGGGCAAUCCUGCAGGGGCAGCUGCUCGAGACCUCCUCGGGGGGUUGGAGAUCAAGGGGGAAGCAGCUGGUAUUGGCCCAAGUCCCUGGCGGAGCUGUUCUCCGCCCUUGCCCAAGUUGGAAAUGGAGAUCUCUACAUGCUGGUGGCCGGGAACACCGCCCAUGGAGUCUACAGGCGACCCAGGGACAUCCGGCACUUUAUCGAUGUGAACAUGGUGCCGGAACUGAGGCAGUACAGCAUCGAGGCGGAUCAUCUGCUUCUGGGAGGGAACAUGACUCUCACGGAUGCCAUGCAGGUUUUCCUGCUGGCCGCCAAGAGGCCCGGAUUCGAGUAUUGCGUCCAGUUGUGGCAGCACUUCAACCUGAUUGCCAAUGUGCCGGUGCGAAAUAAUGGCACUUUGGCGGGCAACAUUAGCAUCAAGAAACAGCACUUCGAAUUUCCCUCCGAUGUGUUCAUCACUUUUGAGGCUUUGGAUGUGCAUGUCCUGGUCUACGACAAUCCCAGUAGCCAAAGGGUGAUGAGUCUGCUGUCCUAUCUCAGCGAUACGACCUCCAAACUGGUGCUGGGUGGCUUUAUCCUAAAAGCCUAUCCAAAGGACAGAUAUCUAUUCAGAUCUUACAAGAUCCUGCCAAGAGCUCAGAAUGUUCAUGCCUAUGUGAAUGCGGGAUUCCUCAUCGAAUGGCAGGAUAUUCAGCGCAGGAUUGUGCGCUCUGCUCGAAUUUGUUUUGGAAACAUUCGGCCAGAUUACAUACACGAUGAAACCAUAGAGAACCUACUUCCGGGCAGGGAUCUUUAUGAUCCCGCCACAGUUUCUCAGAUCUUUCAACAGCUUCCAGCUAGCCUACAACCCGAGGAACGUCCACCGGAAGCCUCUCCGGAAUAUCGACAGAUCCUGGCCUGCUCCUUGCUAUACAAGUUCCUGUUGGCCACUGCACCCAAGGAAAGGGUUCGGGAAAAAUAUCGCACUGGAGGUUUGCUUUUCGAGAGACCCCUUUCAUCGGGCAGCCAAUCCUUCGAGACCAUCAAAAAGAACUAUCCAGUGACUCAACCAGUACAGAAGUUAGAAGGUCUUAUUCAAUGUUCUGGAGAGGCCACCUAUAUGAACGAUCUGCUGACCACCUCGAAUGCCGUUCAUUGUGCUUUUGUAACGGCUAAACGAGUAGGUGCCACCAUUGAGCAGAUAGAUCCUUCCGCUGCUCUUAAUUGCAAGGGGGUGGUGGCCUUUUACUCCGCCAAGGAUAUUCCAGGCUCCAACAACUUUGUUCUAGUGGAUCAGUUUACCCCCGAGGUGGACGAGGUCUUUGCUGCCGGGCGGGUCAAGUACUAUGAUCAGCCGCUGGGAGUGAUUGCUGCCCUCACCCAUGAUGCAGCUGUCUAUGCUGCCACUUUGGUGGUGGUUACCUACGCCAGGGAUCAGCGGAAGAUCUACACGACAAUGAACCAAGUGCUGGCGGAGAAGCAAACCGAUCGCAUAGUGAGCCAAAAGAAGGAACUGGUGGAACCCCUAAAGCUACCUCCACUUGCGCCUGGCGAUGUCCUUGGAAGGGGGAUCCUGGAACUAGAAUCGCAAUACCACUUUACCAUGGAACCACAAACGACGAUUGUGGUGCCUUUGGAUGACAUCCUGCAGGUUUACUGUGCCACCCAGUGGAUGGACGCCACCCAGGGAGCCAUUGCCCACAUGCUGCGCGUGAGUGUGAACUCCGUUCAGCUGCAGGUGAGACGAGUGGGUGGAGCCUAUGGCGCCAAGGUCACCAGGUGCAAUUUGGUGGCCUGUGCCGCCGCCUUGGUAGCUUCCAAGCUGAGGAGACCCGCCAGAUUUGUCCAGACCAUCGAAUCCAUGAUGGAGACCCUGGGCAAACGAUGGGCCUGCCGAUCGGAUUACGAGUUCCGAGCUCGUGCCAAUGGAUCGAUCAUCAUGUUGAGCAACAAUUACUAUGAGGAUUCCGGCUGUAAUCUAAAUGAGAAUGUGGUGGACUUCCUAACGCUGCCAAUCCUGCGAAAUGUUUACAACCUGACGGACUCGAACUAUCGAGCGCAAGGCAACGCCAUCAGAACAGAUGCCCCCAGUUCCACUUGGUGUCGAGCUCCUGGAUCCGCAGAGGGAAUCGCCAUGACAGAAACCGCCUUGGAGCACAUUGCCUUUACCUGCCAGCUAGAUCCCGCCGAUGUCCGCUUGGUGAAUCUUCAGCCGGGAACCAAAAUGGUGCAGCUGCUUCCCAAGUUUCUGGCCACCACGGAGUACCGUAAAAGGCGAGAACAGAUAAAUUUGUUCAACUCGCAAAAUAGAUGGCGCAAACGAGGUCUGGGAUUGGCCCUCAUGAGCUUCCCUUUAAACACGACGGUGGCCUUUAAUUACCCCGUUACGGUGGCCAUUUACCACGAGGAUGGAUCGGUGGUGAUCUCCCAUGGAGGAAUUGAGAUCGGUCAGGGAGUGAAUACUAAGGCAGCCCAGGUAGCGGCCCUUGUGCUCGGAGUUCCCCUGGAACAGGUGCGAGUGGAGGCCAGCAACACGGUGAGUGGAGCCAACUCCAUGCUGACGGCCAACUCGAUGACCAGCGAGAUGAUCGGACUGGCGGUUAGGAAAGCCUGCGACACUCUGAACCAGCGACUGGCUCCGGUGAAGGAGCGACUGGGUCCUCGGGCCACCUGGGUGCAGGUGCUCCAGGCGGCAUACUUGCAGUCCGUCUUCCUCAUCGCCACGGAGUCGUAUAAGCUGGGGGACAUUCCCAACUACAACAUCUACGGCCUGAGCCUCACCGAACUGGAGCUGGACAUCCUGACGGGCAACCACCUCAUCCGAAGGGUGGACAUCCUGGAGGGCGGGGAGAGCCUCAGUCCACACAUCGAUGUGGGUCAGGUGGAGGGAGCCUUUGUGAUGGGCCUGGGCUACUAUCUCACCGAGCAGCUAGUUUAUGAUCGACAAACGGGACAGAUCCUGACGAACCGCACCUGGAACUACCAUCCCCCCGGGGCCAAGGACAUCCCCAUCGACUUUCGCAUCGAGCUCCUGCAGAAGAGUCCCAAAUCCCUGGGCUUUAUGCGAUCCAAGGCCACUGGGGAGCCGGCUUUGUGCCUGGCUGUCGGGGUUCUCUUCGCCAUGCAGCACGCCAUCCAGACGGCCAGGAAGGAUGCGGGUCUUCCCAGGGAGUGGGUCCGAUUGGGGGCACCAACAACGCCGGAGACUGUUGUCCUGAACUCCGGAAGCCAGGUGGAAACUUUCGCUUUGCAAUAA